GUACCAUAGACUUCAAGCAACUCAGUUUUAUUGUGCAUUUGUGUACGUGUGCAUGCUGGAUAUGGUUAUUUUGCAUAUUGUAUAUAGUUCUUGUGGGUUUGUGUGUGCAUGCUGUUAUAUAGUUAUUACCUCCGCCAAGGAGGUUAUGUUUUCAUCAGGGUUUGUUUGUCUGUUUGUUUGUUUGUUUGUUUGUCUGUUCAUCUGUUUGUUCGCAAGAUAACUCAAAAAGUUUGGGAGUGAUCCGGAUUACCGUCUGGAUCCAGGAGGCGGUUAUGUUUUCGCUUGGCAGACGUGCUGUCUACCGUAGUGCUAAGUCCACGUUGUACAGUAGACAGUUUGGUUCUCGGAUUGGCCCAGAGUCUACCUUCACUGUAGACUCUGAGCCAAUCAGAGAGCCAAACUGUCUACGAUCGCGGCGGCCAACGUAGACUACCAGUUAAAGUAAAGGGGCCUGACUCAAGUUCGCGGGCUACGCUUUUGGCUCGUCAUUGGCCCAGAGUCUACAUUCAUCGUAGACUUGGAACAUACCAGAGAGCAGAACUCAUCUUUGGCGGUCGUUAACGUUAGUUAAUAGUCAGCCUCCGAUUGCGCCAGAGUCUACGUUUAUAUCCAAUCCGAUAGCGAGACUGUCUAUAAAAACAUUUCAGGCAGGUGCGCAAACCCUUUCAUCGACCCAACGGACGAGAACCCAAGCAACGGCAAGACGAGUCAAAACAGCAAUCAAAUUCUACAAACACAUACCGCAAGAUAUGGAUCCACUGCUGCCAGUGUUAGAGAUACUGGACACUAGCGUGCCAGUAGAGAGGCAACAAUGCAUGCUACGGGCCUCAAAAGAGGCCAAGGCCGCGCAGGGCAAAAGCCUGAGUGUUAACAAGCUGCUGCGGGAGCCAAAGACGGCCUACAGAGAAGCAAAAAAGCGCUGUCACAUUGACAACCCUACGGAGGCCCAGUACCUGGGACAACUGGUUCUGACAUUCGGCUGGUACUUUGGGAGGAGCUUCAAGUGGCUGGUCGAAAAUGAUGUCGGCUACAUCAAAUAUGUUCUUGACCGCCACUUGGAGGAGACCCAGGACCCAAAGAGAAAAACUCCCAUCAAUGACGGGUGGCUGAAGGACAGCCUGAUGAGCUAUGUGACGCUGUUCCCCCCCGUCUCUUGUCACCUUGAGGUCAACGUGGAUCGGGCCAUUUACGGCCAGGGGCAGUUCAAGUCCUUCACCUUCCUUGAAAUGUGGAGCUGGUACAGCCUGCAUACACGCCACCAGGCUGACCCACAAGCUGGGAGUGAACAAGAAAGAAAGAAGGCGCGGGAUGCUCAUGCCGCUGUGAAGCAGUGGCUGCUUAAAAAGGAGGGUGACAUCACCACUAAGUCCCUCAAGCGCUUCCGGGCGUACAUUUUGGAGAAAGAGAAGUCUCAGUCGGGCGCCGCUCGUCCUGCUGCCACUCCGUCUGCUGCUGCGGCCACUCCAUCUGCUCCUCCUACAGCCACUCCGUCGGCUGCUGCCGCUGCUCCAUCCUGCGCGUCGUGGUGUGAUGACGAUGACAUCAUGCUAGAUGCCCUCGUCACCUUUGAGAGUAGUCAAGGGAAGCCAGCUGACGAGCUGUCCACCAGCCAGCCACAGCCUGCUCCUCCUGCCGCUGCUCUUCCUCCUGCCGCUGCUCCUCCUGCGUCUCCUGGGCCUCCACUCCUCGCUGAAUCUGGGCAGCGGGCCAAGAAGUCUGCCAAGAAGAGUCAGAAACGGCAGCCUGCUCCUCCUGCUGCCGCUGCUCCUCCUGCGUCUCCUGAGCCUCCACUCCUCACUGAGAAGCGGGCCAAGAAGAGUCAGAAACAGCAGCAGCCUGCUCCUCCUGCUGCCGCUGCUCCUCCUACUCCUGAGCGUCCACUCCUCGCUGCAUCCGAGAAGCGGGCCAAGAAGUCCGCCAAGAGUCAGACACAGAAGACCACACCGGCCUCCAAGUCCGCAAAGAGUCAGACACAGCCGCCGCCGUCGCCCAGUCAGCCUGCGCCCAAACCGUCCUCCAGGUCCGCAAAGCGUCAGACGCAGCAGCCAGCACCAUCCACCGAGCAGCCUGCGCCCAAACGGCCCUCCAGGUCCGCCAAGAGUCAGACACGGCCGCCGCCGUCGCCCAGUCAGCCUGCGCCCAAACGGCCCUCCAGGACCUCCAAGCGUCAGACGCAGCAGCCAGCGCCAUCCUCGCCCAGUCAGCCUGAAGCGCAGCAGCCCGAGACGUCCACCAGCCAGGUCGCUCCUGACGCUCGCCCUGAGCCGCAGCCGUCACCGUCGCCCUCCAACAGCCAGUCUCAGCCUGCCUCUGCCGCCACGUUGUCGCAGAGCGACUCUCCUGUGGAGCUGGAAGGCUGGGUGAGGCUAUGGGAGGACCCUAGCGGCAUCCCAGCGGCAGACGUCACCUGGUUGAAGGAAGACAGCGAGCGAGGGCUUUUCACCUCGGUGCAGACCUUCAAGGACGUCAGGGGGCAAAUCAAGAGGCGGCGGGUCCUGAAGUCGGACCGCAUGUGGUUUUACCCACCCGAGCCACCUGGCUACCUCGGCAGCGGCGUUCCCUCUCCUCAGCCCUUUUUCCGGAGCCGCUUGUUCUUCUGGCGCCCUGUUGGCGUGUGGCGGUGCUCCAUCAGCUGCCCGCGUGGUGACGCGUGCGCGGGGGCCGGACGCAACACCCAUCUCUCCAAAUCGGGUUACCACAUUCGGGUGCGGCACAUCUGCGAUGUGUCGGGGUGGUACUCCAUGUGCUGCGAAGUGCUCUGCUGCGGGCCGUGCCUCAAGGCAGCCAGGGGGGGAGACGGUGGCCCCAUGGGCCGUUGGCUGGCCUGGGACGACGCCAUCCUGCACCAGCUGAGCGAGGCUCACCAGGCCAUGUUUCCGGCUGUCCUCACGGCCAAGCGCGGGGUCGACAAGAGCGUUCUCAACCUGUUGCGCGACCGCACAGAGGGCAACACCAUGGCCAAGGUGUGGCGGCAGGUGCGGGAGAACCACAUGGAGGAGCACAACCGCAGGCGGGACCUCUACACCACGCUCCUCAUGGCUUUGGUGCGACCGGGCAGCAUCGUGUCCGCGCUCGGCCACGGAGAGUUUCGGCCGCCUCCUCCUCCCAGGGAGCUUCCCUGCGAGCGGCUCCUGCGGCACGCCUUUCUCCUGGCGGAGGCCAACAACGUCCAGGAUUACCGGAGCCAAAUUCUGUCCACGUUUGGCACGGUCCUGAAAAUGGACUCCACAAAGAAGGUGGUGAAGAAGCUCUCUGGGGAGGGCAAGGGCUCGGCCGAGUGGUUCACCAGCAUCGGCAACGAACUCUCCCAGAUCGUGUCCUUUGUUCUCACCUGCGAGGAGUCCGUGGAGAAGUUGGAGCCCAUGUGCCGUGGAGUUAUGGAGAGAUUCCGCCUCGCCAACCAGCCCGUCCCCCAGAUCCUUUACAUCGACCGGGGAUGCUGCAGGGCGCAGGGUCCGACGGCUGUGGAGACCCUCUUCCAGCCUUGGGUGGACAACGGGAUGGUGGUGAGGCUGGAUAUCUUCCACUGGCUCCAUCGCUUCGACGCCGCUCUGCGGACAGAGGCUCACUCCAAGUACCCCGCCUUGAAGUCUGCGCUGGCCGGGGCGGUGUUGGCCUACAACCGCCAGGACCUGGAUCUGCUCAUCGCGGCCGUCAGGGCCAGAGUCUCGUCCGUCAUGGAGGCCGUGUCGGACGAGGAUGUGGUCCGACGCUACAUCUCGCGGGAGCAGCUAAAGCACCACGUCCGACGGGUCACCCUCGGCGGCCAUGAGACGUUUCGCCUCAUUCACCUCAUCAUCGAGGAGCUGAAGGGUCCGGCUGGGCUCGAUGAGAGUGGCGUCAGCCUCUUCAAGUCCACUGCUGCCAUCAAUGAGAUGUGGGCCAGCCAGCAGCGACACCUGGAAUGCAUCCAGGACCCACCAGGCAUGAGCAUGUACCGUGUUGCCCGCACCACCACCAUCAACGGUGUGGAUGUCCCGUAUUACAAGUGCCUGCGUGGGAGCAACAGCUUGGAGGGGUUCCACCGCUCGCUCCCCCACAUGAUUCCAGGUCCCCACUGUGCGGCGCGGCCCUACCAGGUGUACUUGGUCAGCGGCAUCGCGCGUUGGAACGCCGACAGGAGCUCGGCGGCUGUGUUUGGAGGUCGGCAGAGGUCCAGCAUCUACUCUGCGCCGCUCGUGGACCGCCUCAACGCUCGCUGCCAGCUGCUCUUCGGGGAGGCCGUCGAUCAGAAUUUCCGGCCCCCGGCCAACGUUCAAUCCGACGAGCUGCUCGGGCUCGAAUACUUGUUUCGCCAGAGCACGGGGGAGUCUGAGGCUUUCUCCCUCGACGGUCUCGUCGACGAUGGCCCGGCCCCCGAGGAGGAGGUGUAUCGGCCUGGUGAGGACGAUCCCGGCGCCGAGGCAGACGAAGCCUACCAAAGCGACGAGGACCUGGAAGACAUAGAUGCUGCCCGCAUCACGCUGACCAACAACGAGACGGCCACUGUCCAUCCGCCAGCCUUUGAGGACGCCUGCAGUGCCAAUCCCCUCCCUGGGUUCCAGGAGCUGGAGGCCUUCUGCGCUACGCUAGUGCAGCUUGGGGGUGCUGACCAGAAGCUCCAGCUCACCACCGACCAGCGCAACGCCAUCCUCGACGCCUGGAAUGCGGUGGAGGAGCAUGACAAGCAGCCACAGAAGUACCACCAGCUGUACCGCACGCACUGGGGCAACACCUUGUACUGCCGUACAAAGAGGGAUGACCUCGGUGAAGCCGCCCUGAUCCAGCGGGUGAAGAUGGCCAGGAGGUACGCGCCGGCCCAGCAGGACAUCAGCGCGCAGCACAACCGUCUCAUGUACGUGCUGGUCAAGCUGCUUUGGUUGAGUGCCCCCCAGUCCUCUCGAACCGGCCCGGAAAAGGCCAGCAUCCUCAAGGCCUAUGAACUCAUACAGCACAGGGUGUUGGUGGACGACCCGGUGCUGUCCAAGGCGGGCAUCCCUCUCCCCAAGAUCAACGUCAAAACGGUCAGGGACUUUAUCCGACAGCAAGAGAGGCUGGUCAACUUUCACGCCACGAGGCAACCUUCGGUGAUCUCAAAGACCACCUCCGUAUCGUCCACAGAGCUUCCUCCAGCGCCACGGCAACCCGACGUCCUCCCUCCGCCCGACUACCCGGUGAUGGAGUACGUACCAACGGCCAGCACGGCCGGCACCAAGAAGCUGAGGGGACGGGCUGACAUGGCGGCGCCGUCGCAGCUUCCUCCUCCUCAGCCGCUGCUUCCUCCUCCUCAGCCACUGCCUCUUGUGCGGCCGCUGCAGAGACCCCCCGCCACCUUCAGCAUCACCGAGCCUGUGCCCACCCCCGCGCAGUCUGUGGCGGGCCCCUCCUCCACACAGACCGCGCCGACUGCUGCGCCCUUGGCACGGCUUGUGCCCAUCCUGCCUGCCCCUGCUCUCGCUGGGCCUUCCUCCAGCCAGACCCACGCUGCUCCAGCUUCCUGGUCCAGGUCGACCCAUUACAAAAGGAAGCUGGUGGCAGACCAACCCACCCAAGUUGGGGCGAAGCUUUUCAGGGUCCAGCACAUCCCCAAUUGCAAGGUGUGUGGCCAACCUAUACAGGGACAUAAAAAAUACAAAAAGAAAACGUAUUGCCCUGUGAAAGACAUGUCACCCUCCAAGGGCCUGGACAACAGGGUUUACAGAAACUUUGCCCACUUUGUCGCCGUCAUAGAUGGCUUGGAGGACUGACACUGUACAAAUUGUAAAUACUUUUUUACCUGUAAUCUGUGUUAUGGUCUUACAAGUGCCCGUUAUCAUGGCACGUUUUUCUCUGUUGUGCACCGUUCUGUUUUAUGCACUUUCUAACUUGUUAUCUAUGUUCUGGUCUUACAAAAGCCCGUUGCCUUGGCACUUUUCGCUGUGCUUUGCAGUGUUUUGACUGUACAAACUGUACAAUAGUUUUUGACUUGUUAUCUAUGUUCUGGUCUUACAAAUGCCCGUUACCUUGGCACCGUUCGCUGUGUUUCGCAGUGUUCUCCUAUUUUAUGCACUUUCUGACUUGUGUUUUGCAGUGUUCUCCUAUUUU